AUUUGCGGUGUGAGUUGAAUACGUAUAACAUGAGCAAAGGGUCUGUGCAAACGCGUCCGCAUCUGAUUGAAGUUAAGUACCGCACCAAGGAAUACAUCUCGAGAGUUUGUUGUGAUAUCAUCGAAGACAUUUUAAAGCAGACGUUUGACGAGGAGAAUCCCGUAUCGUCGGCCCCUCUGAAGUGCAGCAGAGGAUCGCAAACUGACGAAGCGAGGAUCAGAUACAAUUAUAAUUUAAUGGUGAAACAGCAGAUUUUCGAGAGUCUCAUUAAAAAUUUCUAACGCAAAAUGGUGGAAAUUGAUCGUCCGAAAAAGAACCAUUGCUCCAGAAUGCAAGACAUCGAAAAUUUAGACGUUCUGGAAGAAUUAGCACCCGACGACGACGAUUACAAUGAUUUCGAAUUGAUAAUAGACGAAGAAGCGACCGGACCGACGAACGCUGAAGACAAUGAGGCGGACGACGAAGACAAAUUUCGUGGAAUACAAGACGUGCUCGACCAAAUAACAAAUACUCUGAGAGAUUUCGUGCGUUCGACUAGAGAAAGACCCCAAAUACGGUACUUUAAUUCGCCGUUGGGGAUGAGGACUAUGGAUUUGAGGGAGUCGUCAGACGCGCGCAUUUUCUCUUAUCUACUGUCGGAAGGCGAGGGGCAAACGGAAGAAGUUUUAAGAAGCGUUCGUCAUCGAAAUAUUUCGGUCGGAGUGAGCUUGGCAUCUUGCUCGCAGUUGAUGUGGCUGAUGUUUGGAAUUCAUACGCUGCUGGUGCUAGAUUCGCUAUUCUCGAGCAAUUCGGACGCAAUGUUUCAAUCGGGCUUGCGAUAUUUGUUUUCGCUAGUGACGAUGGUAUCUUUCUAUAGAAUAUCACGAUUUAUUAAUUGUUAAGCAAAUAAAAUUGGUGGUGCUUUAUUUUUCUUUUACUGUGUCAAAAUUAAAUGCUAGAUAUAACUAUUCAAAGGACUUACAGGCUAAUUCAAAUUGUUUGGCA